AUGCUCACUGUGAUCACUGCCCUUGCUCCUCUCGCUCUGGCCAUUCAGCUUCCCAUACAGUCUGGAUCUGUAGAUUUUUAUGAUCCAAAUCUAAAUGGUGGAUCCAUGCUGAACAACGCUGGAGGAGGACUGGGAGAACCACUUAAUGUCAUAAUUUCCGGUAAAAGCUCUCCAGAGGUCCUCACGAACGACGGAAUCGUAAACUAUGCACGGGCGAUUGGAUUGUCUUAUAUUAUCAGCUCGGAAGAAUGCCUCGGCAUCCAUCUUGGCGACCCUCAGUCAGCAAAUCUUGGGGACGGACACGGCUGGGUGAAUCAAACGAUCGAACUGAGAGAGGAUUAUGGGAACGAGGAGCUUGGGACAUGCCUUGAGAGCAUCAUUGGUGGGAAUCAUUUUCGAGUUUAUCGUCAAGAUGGUCCGAGCGCAAUGAGCGGCGCGUUGUUCCUCGCUGUCUCUCGAGAACAAGAUGUAGAAGAAAACCACACAAUCGUCCCUGAUGGCUACAAUAUUGGUCGCGACCAGCUAGUUGGACAUGCAAUCGGCAAGCACGACUUUGAUGGUGUGCAUUAUAAGACUGUAGCGAAGAAUAUUACCGGACUGCUUCCUCCUGGUUCAGUAGGAGUCAACCAUGGCAUAGCAACCGACGGGCUUACGACCUUGCUCACAGUCCAGACAACAAGGUGA